UGAUGAUACAGCACGAGUGAUCGAAGUUCUCCUUUUUUCACCUCACGUUUUACGAACGUCAUUGGCCAACAUAAAAACGAGCGAUGAACCGCGAAUCGGGAAUGUAGACGAAAAGGCAAAAAAACGGAUCGGCCCUCGCAGGAUCGAAGGAAGGUCCUUUCCUCCACCUUCUUCAUCACUUCGUCGUUACCUCAUCCUUGACAACCGACUUCACAUCCAGUGCUUCGACUUGGAAACUGUGAGGACACGAUGCCUAAUAAUGAAAAAAGAUGGGUGGUGAAGGUGGAGACAAGAGUAUUGGCGGUGAUGUUCCUGACGAUCCUUGGCCUUGACCUUGGAAGGUGUUCGCCACCUCACAGAAGUAGACACCACGCGGAUCUGUCGCACGAGGAGCUGAAGAACAUGAGAUCGAUAGAGGUCAACGAGGAGUUACCGCGGGCCGAGCCGCUUGGCUCAAACCCGGAGGACGAUCCUCUGGUCGUCAAAAUACUAAAUGGUCGGGUGAGGGGUAAGACCUUGACUGCUACCACCGGCAAGAAGGUCGACGCUUGGUUCGGCAUCCCUUAUGCACAGAAACCCAUUGGUUCUUUGAGGUUUCGACAUCCAAGACCUGCAGAACCCUGGCAAGGGGUUCUCAACGCGACUUCACUGCCCAAUAGUUGCGUUCAAAUCCUCGACACCGUUUUCGGUGACUUCGCUGGGGCUACCAUGUGGAAUCCCAACACACCACUUAGCGAGGACUGCCUUUAUGUAAAUGUAGUUGUUCCACGACCCAGGCCUACGAAUGCCGCCGUCAUGGUAUGGAUAUUCGGUGGUGGUUUCUACUCCGGGUCGGCUACCCUGGACGUCUACGAUCACAGAACCCUCGUAUCUGAGGAAAAUGUGAUUCUAGUUUCAAUGCAGUACCGAGUCGCUAGUCUCGGUUUUCUUUACUUCGGGACCUACGACGUGCCGGGUAAUGCCGGCCUGUUCGAUCAAAUGAUGGCACUUCAGUGGGUGCAUGACAAUAUCGAGUUUUUUGGAGGGAACCCUAACAACGUGACCCUCUUUGGUGAGAGUGCCGGUGCAGUUUCCGUGUCGAUGCACUUGCUCUCACCUUUGUCCAGAAAUCUCUUCAGUCAAGCAAUAAUGCAGUCAGGAUCACCAACCGCUCCCUGGGCGAUAAUUUCCCGGGAGGAGUCGAUAAUCCGAGGUAUCCGAUUAGCGGAAGCUGUCGACUGUCCGCACGAUCGAAAUAACCUUGACGAAGUUCUGCAGUGUCUCCUCACAAAAGAUCCAAUAGAUUUGGUCAAUAGUGAAUGGGGCACUUUGGGCAUCUGUGAAUUUCCCUUUGUUCCCAUAAUCGACGGUACCUUCCUCGAUGAGACGCCUUCGCGUUCCAUGAUCACCGAAUCCUUCAAAAAAGCAAAUAUCCUCAUGGGUUCGAACACCGAGGAAGGAUUCUACUUCAUCAUCUACUAUCUGACUGAACUUUUCCGCAUCGACGGAACCGAGGAUGUCAAAGUUUCCAGGGACGAGUUCAUCAAAGCCGUCACGGAAUUAAAUCCCUAUGUGAAUUCGAUAGCCCGAACCGCCAUCAUCUACGAGUACACGAAUUGGGUCAAUCCUGAUGAUCCUAACGAGAACCGCAACUCUUUAGACAAGAUUGUUGGGGAUUAUCAAUUCACGUGUAAUGUCAACGAGUUCGCUGGAAAAUACGCCGAAACGGGGAACACUGUUUAUAUGUAUUAUUACAAGCACAGAUCAGCGAAUAACCCCUGGCCGAGAUGGACGGGCGUUAUGCACGCCGAUGAAAUUAGCUAUAUAUUCGGCGAGCCACUCGAUCCCUCCAAAGGAUAUACCCCCGAAGAAAAGGUCUUGUCGCAGCGGAUGAUGAAGUAUUGGGCAAACUUUGCGAAAACAGGGAAUCCAAAUAUGGGAGACAACGGUUCGUGGACGGAAGUUAAAUGGCCCCAGCAUUCUCCCGUCACGAAAGAUUAUUUAACACUGGACACUAACAACACAGAAGUUGGACAUGGUCCCAGAGCAAAACAGUGUGCUUUCUGGAAACAGUACAUUCCUCACUUGCUGUCCACUACUGCAAAACUGGAUUCGAAAGAGACCUGCAGCGGUUCGAGUUCUCAGAUGAGGCGUGAAACGAGUGGGACACAUUUCCUUUUAAUUUUGAAUCUCGCUUUUGUUUUCCUAUUCGGUACGAUGAUUCCAAUCACACCGAUCCUGAAAACAAGAGGUUUCGUCUAG